GAGGGACUCCACCCCAAGGCGCGCGCGGCCAAGGAGGAGGAGCUGAAGGAUCUGAGGGCACAGCAGGCGCAGCACGAGCGCCAGGAGCGCGAGGCCAAGAUCGCGCUGCGCUACAAGCACGUGAGCAGGGGAGGGGGGGAAGAGGGCGGCAGCGGAUACGGGAGCUAUCCGGCAGCACCAGCGCCGAGCUUCGAGUAUCGGGCGCCGGGCGCGGCCCGUCCGCGGAAGCGCGUCGGCGUGGGCUGGGCUGGGCGCGCGGCCCGUGUGGGGAGGCCAAGCAGCGCGUGGCGCCCGCGGCUGUCGCGCGGCGCUGGGGCGCCUGGGGACGCAGUGGGCGCCGGGGCGCCGCGAUAUUGGGGCGGCG